UUACGUCAUAUGUGAUAAGGCUAAAAGCAACAUGGCCGUUGUUUUGAUCGGCUUUCGAUCAACUCCUACCAAUGCUAUGAUGUAAGGUCAGUGUGACAUAUUAGAGGAAAAUCAAAAUGUGUGACCAUCGUCAUCUACGUUCACCAACUCCUGCAGGAAUUGUUGACCACGUCGGCUACCUGUCUGACAACCUCGGUGAACUUGUAGAAAAUGAAGACUACAGUGACAUUACACUGCUCGUUGAAGGUGUGCGCUUCCAUGCUCACAAGGUCAUUCUGGCUGCUCGAUCAGAAUACUUCAGAGCACUGUUGUUUGGUGGGAUGAAGGAGUCGCAGCCAGGGACGACGGAGAUAGAGCUGCAGGAUACACCAAACAUAGCCUUUUCAGCACUGCUCAAGUACAUGUACACAGGACGCAUGAAUCUCAUCGAAAUCAAGGAGGAAAAUUUGUUAGAUAUUCUUGGCCUGGCACACCGGUUUGGAUUUGUUGAACUUGAAGGUGCCAUCUCAGACUAUUUAAAGGCGAUUCUCAACAGCCGCAACGUGUGCUUCAUCUAUGACUUGGCCAACAUGUACAACCUAGCGUCCCUCUGUCAAGUAUGCAAGGAGUAUAUUGAUAGAAAUGCAUUUGAGAUUCUCCACAGUGAACCCUUUCUAACAUUAUCCCAGUCGUCAGUGAAACAGCUCAUCUGCACCGAUUCCUUCUGUGCUCUGGAGAUCGACAUCUUCAAGGCCAUCAAGAGCUGGGCGGACCAGAACCAGGGCCAGGAUCCCACCCCCAUCCUGGACUCUGUCAGGUUCUCUCUGAUGACCAUGCAGGAACUACUGAACGAUGUCCGGCCAACUGGUCUCGUGUCGGCGGAUGCCAUCCUGGACGCCAUCAAGACACAGACGGAGUCCAGGGACAUGGAACUCAAGUACAGAGGCUGUCUCAUCCAUGAGGAGAAUGUGGCGGCCACUAGGUUUGGGAGUCAAGUGUUGCGGGGGGAGAUGAAGGCAGCCUUGUUGGAUGGGGACAGUCAGAACUACGACCUGGACCGGGGUUUCUCACGCCACCCCAUAGAUGAGAAUAAUGGCCAGGGCGUGGUCAUCAAGCUGGGCCAGGCCUUCAUCCUCAACACUGCCAAGCUGCUCCUGUGGGACAAGGACAUGAGGUCGUACUCCUACUACAUCGAGGUGUCGAUGGAUGACAAGGACUACGAGAGAAUCAUCGAUCACACCGGCUUCCUGUGUCGUUCCUGGCAGAUCAUGCACUUCCCAUCCAGAGCUGUCAGGUACAUCCGCAUUGUUGGGACCCACAAUACAGUAAACCGUGUCUUUCAUAUAGUGUCUUUUGAGUGUCUGUACACCAGCAAGCCCUUCCAACUCAGCAGAGGACUUGUGGUUCCCUCAGAGAAUGUGGCCACCAUAAAACACAGUGCGUGUGUGAUCGAGGGAGUGAGUCGGAGUCGGAAUGCACUGAUCAAUGGCGACACCCGGCACUAUGACUGGGACUCGGGCUACACCUGUCACCAACUGGGGAGCGGCGCUAUCGUCGUACAGCUUGCUCAGCCAUACAUCAUCCAGUCUAUGAGGCUGCUGCUGUGGGACUGUGACGACCGCAGCUACAGCUACUACGUGGAAGUGUCUACAGACCAGCAGAAGUGGCACAUGGUGUCUGACAAACGGAGAGAAGCAUGCAAAUCCUGGCAGACCAUCACCUUUGAAGCUGAACCAAUUGCCUUUGUCAGGAUUGUUGGCACUCACAACACCGCAAAUGAAGUGUUCCACUGUGUGCACUUUGAAUGUCCAGCCGAUACUUCUCUCAGCGCUCUCAGCAACUCUGUAGCCAAUGUCUCGCUCACUGUGGGUCCCCCGAACAGCCCCCCGAGCCCCAGUGUGUCUAAUGCUCCCUCCAGUCAGCCCAGCCCCCAGCGGCUCCAGGGAGCAGAGGGGGGGCAGGGCAUCAGCCCAAACAGAUCCCAGAGGAGCCCUCGCCGCAGUCCACAGCACCCUGUACAUGACAUUUACGCUGGACCAGACUACUCACAGCAAGACGCACCCGAAGCUGAUCGGAUGGAUGUGGAACACUGACUGUAGGUUGGGGGGGGGGGGGGGGG